ACACAAAGUAAAAAAGCUUUUCUCCACUUAAAUAAUACCUGUCCAAGUUCAACGGACUCCAAAUCGACGGUUGCUGUUCCUCUAUUAACCCACAAAGGACAACCUUAAAAUUCUAAAACCCAAACCUCAGAUUGUUCCCUCUCUCUCUCUCCCCCUCUCUCUUCUGUAAUCUCUCAGUGAGCUUCAGAGCUGGAACUUAAAGGGUUGAAGAGGGAAACUGAUUUGGUAGGAAAUUCUGCUGCUUUUUUGGAUUUGGGUUUUCUCUCUUAGUUGAGAUUCUAGAGAGAGAAACUGUAGAGAGAGAAAUUACAAAGUAGAUGACCAUGGAUCCUCGUCUUAGGGCUUUCUCUGAUUCUUUCAAUGGAGUUCAAUUGGGAAACCAACCUUUACCCAUUCUUUCACAACCAACCGUUGUAGCCGCAUCCCGAUUCGAUGGUAAAACCUGCUUGGACAAUAAUUACAGAAAUUUCGAUUACCCUCAACCCGGUCUUACCCCGAAUAGUGUAUCUUCGUACUCGAGUGUGAGUCCUGAGGAUGAUUCUGCCGAAGAUUGUGACUUUUCGGAUGUAGUCUUGAAGUACAUAAACCAGAUGCUCAUGGAAGAAGAUAUGGAGGAAAAAACCUGCAUGCUUCAAGAGUCGUUGGAGCUUCAAGCGGCCGAGAAGUCAUUCUAUGAGGUCCUUGGAAAGAAAUAUCCCCCCUCCCCUGAUUUAUACCGGGGUUAUGCCGGUCAAUAUGGCGAGAGCCCGGGUGAAAGUUCAUCUGGAACUUGGAGUAACUAUAUCACUAGUAGUUGCAACAGUGGUGGUUAUUUCGGUGAUAAUUCCUCGAUUCAAAGUCCAGAUGGAUAUUCGUCUCAGUUACAGGGUCUUCCGGAUUAUAGCAUUUCUCAAUCAUUUAACGGGUCUUCAACUAGGGUCAGUAGCCUCGACGGGCUGGUGGAUGCUCCUAGUAGUAGUAUUUAUACCCCAGAUUUGAAGACUGAGAGCCAAUCUGUUUGGCAGUUCAGGAAGGGGGUUGAGGAGGCUAGUAGAUUUCUCCCUUCCGAGACUAAUUUGGUUGUUGAUUUGGAGGCAAAUGGGAUGUCGGUACACGUGCCAAAUGUUGGGACAGGUGCGCCAUUUGUCAAGGCGGAGAGAAAGGAUGGAGGAGAAUAUUCUUCUGGAAGGUCAAGGGGAAAGAAGAAUCUAUAUAGGGACGACGAAGAUGUGGAGGAAAAAAGGAGUAGCAAGCAAGCCGCUGUUUCAUCUGAAUCUCCUCUGCGGUCAGAGAUGUUUGAUGUUGUAUUGCUUUGUAGCACAGGGGAGGGUCUGGAGCGUUUGGGUUCUCUUCGUGAGGCCUUGCAAAAUGGAAUGAGCAAAAGUGUGCCACAGAAUGGGCAAUCCACAGGAUCUAAUGGAAGAAAAGGUCGUGGUAAGAAACUAAGUGUUAAAAAGGAGGUGGUGGAUUUGAGAACCCUCCUAAUUAGUUGUGCACAAGCAGCUGCAGCUGAUGAUCACAGGACCGCAAAUGAACUGCUAAGGAAGGUCAGACAACAUUCCUCACCUUUUGGAGACGGGACACAGAGACUUGCUCAUUGCUUUGCUAAUGGCCUUGAGGCACGCUUGGCUGGUACUGGUAGCCAGAUUUAUAAAGGUCUUGUUAGCAAAAGGACAUCGGCUGCCGAUUUCUUGAAAGCUUAUCAUCUGUACCUUGCUGCAUCUCCAUUUAAGAAGAUGUCUAAUUUUGUUUCGAAUGUCACAAUAAGGAAUUUAGCAGAAAAAUCGACAAGGCUCCAUGUCAUUGAUUUUGGUAUCCUAUAUGGUUUCCAGUGGCCCACCCUUAUUCAACGGAUCUCAUGGAGGGAAGGCGGACCCCCAAAGGUUCGGAUUACUGGAAUUGAAUUUCCUCAACCAGGAUUUCGGCCAGCUGAGCGAGUUGAGGAAACAGGACGACGUUUGGCAGCUUAUGCUGAGAAUUUCAAAGUGCCGUUUGAGUACAAUGCUAUUGCAAAGAAAUGGGAAACCAUUACACUUGAGGAACUCAAGAUUGACAAGGAUGAAGUUCUUGUUGUGAACCUUUUAUAUCGGGGUAAGAACUUGCUUGAUGAAAGUGUGUCUGUGGAUAGCGUAAGAAACAGGGUUCUAGCUUUGAUAAGGAGAAUCAAUCCAGACAUUUUUAUCCAUGGAAUUGUUAACGGAGCGUACAAUGCCCCCUUCUUCGUUACCAGAUUUCGAGAGGCGUUAUUUCAUUUUUCUGCGCUGUUUGAUAUUCUUGAAACUGUUGUUCCACGCGAGGAUCAGGAGAGGAUGUUAAUUGAGAAAGAGAUCUUUGGUAGGGAGGCUAUGAAUGUUAUAGCCUGUGAGGGCUGGGAGAGGGUUGAAAGGCCAGAAACGUACAAGCAAUGGCAAGUUCGUAACUUGAGGGCUGGAUUUGAGCAAAUACCUUUUGACCGAGAGCUGGUAAAGAGGGCGGCUAAGAAAGUGAGCUCUCUUUACCACAAGGACUUUGUCAUUGAUGAAAAUAGCCAGUGGCUGUUGCAGGGAUGGAAGGGACGAACCGUCUUUGCCCUCUCUGCUUGGAAACCUGCUUAAGAAAUGUCAAACGGUACAGUGCGUAUAAUUUGCUUCUCAGCUUCUUCAACACGGAUGCUUGAUUAAAGGUACAUGGGGUUGCUGACUUUAAUUGUUGAUUGUUAAUUACGGAUCAAGGAUGCUAAGAGAUGUUCAUGAGAGAUGCUUUGUCUCCUUGGUAGAAAUCUUGCGGAAUUGUCGAGUAACUCUUCUCUUCGGUCAAUUUGGAUCGUGUGAUGUACUCUUUUCAUGGUGUCUGAUAAUCCGAUAGACCCAUCCAGCAAAUUACGGGCUCGUUCUUGUUCGAUUUUAACAACCAGAACAAGAUAAUGUGCAGUUUUACACCAGUUGUAUUAAGGAAACUCUUUACUUUUGCUCAUUAGUCUCCUUCCUCCUUUGUCUUUUUAGUUAGAAAGGAGUACAGCUGACCAUUUUGGAGUGUCAAUAUUAUUAUUAUUAUUUCUGAGA